AUGAGGAGGGAGAACCAGAGCAGCGUGUCCGAGUUCCUCCUCCUGGGGCUCCCCAUCCGGCCAGAGCAGCGGGGCGUGGUCUUCGCCCUGUCCCUGGGCGUGUACCUGACCACGGUGCUGGGGAACCUGCUCAUCAUCCUGCUCAUCAGGCUGGACUCUCGCCUCCACACCCCCAUGUACUUCCUCCUCAGCCACUUGGCCCUCACCGACGUCUCCUUUUCAUCUGUCAUCGUCCCAAAGAUGCUCAUGAACAUGCAGACUCAGCACCUAUCCAUCUCCUAUCCAGGGUGUAUCUCACAGAUAUAUUUUUACCUAUUUUUCGGUUGUGUUGAUAGUCUCCUCCUUGCAGUGAUGGCUUAUGACAGGUACGUGGCCAUCUGUCACGCCCUCCACUACACCACCAUCAUGAGGGAGGGGCUGUGUGUGCUGCUGGUGGCAGGCUCCUGGAUUCUCUCCUGUGGCAGUGCCCUCCUGCACACCCUCCUGCUGGCCCAGGUCAUGAGGAGGGAGAACCAGAGCAGCGUGUCUGAGUUCCUCCUCCUGGGGCUCCCCAUCCGGCCAGAGCAGCGGGGCAUGGUCUUCGCCCUGUCCCUGGGCGUGUACCUGACCACGGUGCUGGGGAACCUGCUCAUCAUCCUGCUCAUCAGGCUGGACUCUCGCCUCCACACCCCCAUGUACUUCUUCCUCAGCCACUUGGCCCUCACUGACGUCUCUUUUUCAUCAGUCACAGCUCCAAAGAUGCUCGUGAACACGCAGACACAGAACCACUCCAUCUCAUAUGCUGGGUGCAUUUCCCAGGUGUAUUUUUUCUUAAUGCUGGGGUGCCUUGACAGCUUCCUUCUCACCUCAAUGGCCUAUGACAGGUACGUGGCCAUCUGUCACCCCCUCCACUACAUGACGAUCAUGAGUCAGAGCCUGUGCUUCCUGCUAGUGAUUGUGUCCUGGGUCCUAUCCUCUGCCAGUGCCAUUUUGCACACCCUCCUCCUGGCCCGCCUCUCUUUCUGUGGAGACAACGCUCUCCCCCACUUCUUCUGUGACCUUUCCACCUUACUUAAGCUGUCCAGUUCAGACACCACCGUUAAUGAGCUGUUCAUCCUCACUGUGGGAGUGCUGGUCAUUACCCUGCCAUUGCUAUGCAUCUUGGUCUCUUAUGGUCGCAUCGGGGCCACCAUCCUUAGGGUCCCCUCCACCAAGGGAAUCUGCAAAGCCUUGUCCACAUGUGGCUCCCACCUCUCUGUGGUGUCCCUGUACUACGGAACAAUUAUUGGACUGUACUUUUUCCCCUCAGACGAUAGCUCCAAUGACAAGGAUGUGAUUGUGGCUCUAUUGUACACUCUGGUCACCCCCAUGCUAAAUCCUUUCAUCUACAGUCUGAGAAAUCGGGAUAUGAAGGGAGCUCUGGGAAAUAUACUUGGUAGAAGAUCAUUUUCAUACUGA